AAAUAUAUACACCGUAUUUGAUUGUCUCAAAAUAAAUUAAUAAUAUUAUAUAUUAUUAUGGAUCGAAAUAUACAAUUAACAUUAAAAAAGCGUAGGGUUUGAAGAGUUGAGGCAUGGUGUAGAGAAAGGAAAAUGGCGAUAAAGAAGUAUUUCUGCGAAUAUUGCGAAAAGCAAUUUCAAGACACACCGUCAGAUCGGAAACGCCACGCCGCCGGUACUCAACACAAACAAGCCAAAGCACGUUGGUACGAUUCCUUCAAACCCCAACACCACAACCCUAUUCCACAGCAACAACCUAAUCAACCCUUCUGCUUUCACUUCGUCAACAAGGGAUUUUGUCGUUACGGCGAUUCUUGCAAGUAUUUUCAUCCCAAUACACAGCAACAGCAACCAAUCACAACCACGCCGUCGGGGAAUGUAGGAGUGUCGUUCGGUAAUUUACCGCCGUCGUUGCAACCUCCGCCUGAAGGUGGAUACUCCUACACCCCCUUUGUCGACUGGGGGUAGAUUUGUAAUUCUACCAUCCACUUUCAAUAUCACAUUCCUUCCAUGUGUUAGAAUUUUUGUAUGCAAAGACAAUGUGUAACCUAAAAUUAGGUCUAACAACUUGUGAGAGUAGCUUUAUUAUUGUGAUUUGAUGUAUAUCUGUAUUAAAGUGAUUUUAUAUUUAUCAUUAAUUGUUAUUACAAUGUUAAAACCUAUUUCAA